CUGAGCACCUUCCCAGCCCUGCCUUCCCGCCUCAGUCCUGGUCCAUGGCUCCCUGCUUUGGCCUCCGUGCCUCUCCCGCUAAGUGCAGGCAGAGAGCCCCAGAGAAGCCUGAGGGCAGGGUCCGGGGCUGCGCGGUGCCCAGCACAUUGCUUCUGCUGCUUGCCUACCUGACUUACCUGGUAUUGGGCACCAGCGUGUUCUGGCUGCUGGAGAGCCCCGCGGCGCAAGAUUCCAGCGCGAGAUUCCAGCACGACAAGUGGGCGCUGCUGCGGAACUUCACGUGCCUGGAUGGCCCGGCGCUGGAGUCGCUGAUUCGGGGCAUCGUCAAAGCCUACCAAAAUGGGGACAUCACCCUCGACAACAGCACCAGCAUGGGGCGCUGGGAGUUUGAGGGCGCCUUCUUCUUCUCCGUGUCCACCAUCAGCACCAUCGGCUACGGCAACCUGAGCCCCCGCACGAUGGCCGCCCGCCUCUUCUGCAUCUUCUUUGCUCUCGUGGGGAUCCCGCUCAACCUCGUGGUGCUCAACCAGCUGGGGCAUCUCAUGCAACAGGGGGUGCACCGCUGUGCCCGCAGGCUGGGGGGCGCCUGGAAGGACCCGGCCAAGGCCCGGUGGCUGGUGGGCUCCAGCGCCCUCCUGUCUGGCCUCCUGCUUUUCCUGCUGCUGCCUCCACUGCUCUUCUCCCACAUGGAGGGCUGGAGCUACGUAGAGGGCUUCUACUUCUCCUUCAUCACGCUCAGCACUGUGGGCUUCGGCGACUACGUGAUUGGGAUGAACCCCUCCCGGAAUUACCCACGGUGGUACAAGAACACAGUGUCCCUGUGGAUCCUUUUUGGGAUGGCAUGGCUGGCUUUGAUCAUCAAACUGAUCCUCUCCCUGCUGGAGACGCCACGAGGAUCCUAUUCCUGCUACUGCCCCAGCUCCAGGGGGAGCUUCAAGCCCCAAAGAUGGAGGAAGGGCCUGGACGGAGAGGCAGAGCCCCACACCCCACAGCCAGGCUGCUGUCCAGAGGGGCCUGUAAUCACCCAGCAUCCAGAACCCUCUACUCAAGUCUCAUGCUGUGAGAAGGACGGCUAGCUGUAUUCCAGCAUUUGUUCCACUUCUUCAGCAGCAAGAUCCCUGAUUUUAAGCUUGGCAUAAGACCCCCCCAGUGUGGGCUUCCCUGGUGGCUCAGUGGUUAAGAAUCCACCUGCCAAUGCAGGGGGCAUGGGUUCAAGCCCUGGUCCAGGAAGAUCCCACAUGCUACAGAGCUACUAAGCGCAUGCGCCACAACUACUGAGCUUGCACUCUAGAGCCCACGAGCCACAACUAUUGAGCUCACGUGCUACAACUACUGAAGCCUGUGCGCCUAAAGCCUGUGCUCCACAACAAAAGAAGCCACCGCAAUAAGAAGCCUGCGCACCGCAAUGAAGAGCAGCCCCCGCUCUCCACAACUAGAGAAAGCCUGUGCGCAGCAACAAAGACCCAAUGCAGCCAAUAAAUAAAUUUAUUUAAAAAAAAGAGAAAAAAAAAAGAAGACCACCCAGGCUAAAUUCUACAUAUUUGGUCCUCCCUUGAAGCUAGGUGCAGCUAUAUGAUUAAAUUUUGCCCAACAGGACACACAGAGAAGCACUCUGUGUGACUUAUGGAUGUGACUUUCAGUGUGUUGGGGGGUGCUCCUCUUUAUCACUUCCUUUUAGCGGGCUGCAGUGCUGGUAUGGUGGCUGGAGCUCUGGCAGCCACGUUGCACCAUGACGUAGAGGCCAUGUUUGAGACUGGUGACACAAUAAGAAAGAAAGAGCCUGGAUUCCUGAUGUUUGCAGUCACCAUAACAAACCUGGACUGAAUACCACCAGAUUUCAUUUAUGUGA